UUUUUUUCCGCAUACCCCAGCAUGUUAGGAAGUUGGAGUCAGAGUGCAGGGUCAGCCAUGAUACAGUUCCCUUGGAGCAGAGAGGGGUAAGGGCCUUGCUUAAGGGCCCGACAGUGGCAGCUUGGCAGUCCUGGGGCUUGAACCCUUUAACCUCUAAGCCACCACUGCCCCAUUUAGAAAUGGUACGACCCAUUGUAGGGGUGUUCAAAAAGUACGAUUUACGAUUCACGUCUUGGAUAAGCAUAUUUUGUUAUUUACUAUUAAAUAUAAUGACUAUUUAGGAAUUAAAAACUCCCAAAGCUCUAUUGUUUAUUUGCUUUGUAGCUGUUAAAGGUCUAACUUCAACAGAUCAGACCAGCAGGAAACCCCUCCAUAAGUCUCUCCCUCAGCUCACAGCAGUCUAGCGUUCAUUUAACAGCUUUGUGUGCAUAAAGCAUUUAUUAUUUAUUAUGAAAAAAUGUCAAUUUAUCAGCUACUUAUUCAAUAAAUAACCUUACCAAGAAUACUAUUAAAAAGACUGACCCGUAGUUACAAAAAUUGUGUAUGUGAUAUUAUUGAACCAAUAAAGUUUAAAGAAAAAGAGCGUAUUGCUACGUCACCGGCUCGUGCUUCCCAUAACAGACCGGUGAUUGGGAAGAUCAGGGAAAUGCCCAGUUCGUAAAUCAAAACAGAUUUAGAUUUAGAUUCGUUUGAUUUUAUUACGACGUCUUGUUGAUGAUGAAAAGCACCUGUUUGUGAAGAAGAACAUCACGGAAAAAUAAGUUCUUAAAAAAAAGAAACUCUUUCGCUUUGAUGGAGCACCACACCUGCUCGAUAGAACAAGUAAAACUGUCUUGCAGUGGGUGGGAGAUGAGGAUGAUCGACAGUCCGCUCAACCAAUCAGAGACAAGAAUCGAGCGAGCGGUCUAGCAAGUUCGGUUUCGCCGUAUUGACGAGGGUGUACCCUGCCUUGUGCCCGAUGCUCCCCGUAAUAAGCUCCAGGUUUCCCCGUGACCCUGAAAAGGAUAAGCGGUAUAGAAGAUGGAUGGAUGGAUGGAUAUAUUACACCCGAGUGUUUUUGAUCUCUCAAGCAGUCAUCCACAUGAAACUGGACAGUUGAAGAAUGGAGAAAGACCAGGCGCCAUUUGUCCAGUUUUGAUGAGUCUGUGCCCACUCUAUCCUCAGAUACCUGUUAUUGUCUGACAGGAGUGUAACCCGAUGUUGUCUUCUGCUGUUGUGCUCUCUCUCUCUCUCUCUCUCUCUCUCUCUCUCUCUCUCUCUGUCUCUCUCAUCAGCAAGUUGUUUCUGCCUGCAGAACUUAUGCUCACUGAAUGUUGUGGUGCUCCAUUUUUGCUUUGCGCACCAGUCUGUGUAAACUCUAGAGUCUUUUAUGGUAUCAGCUAUUUCUGAAAUACUCAAACUAGCCUAUCUGGUAUCAACAACCAUGCAAUGGUCAAAGUCUUCUGGUGUAUGAUGUGAACAUGAACUGAAGCUCUCGACCUGUAUCUGCAGGAUUUUUCUAUUCCACUGCUGCCACAUGAUUGGCUGACUGAAAAAUAAUAUGAACAUCAAUAUAGUUUCUGGACAUCUACCUUCCUACCCUUCAGCCCUAAUCCAACAAAUCUAAUAUAAAUCUGAUAUCAAGUUACAUUUCGGAGUCUGAUUAUAUAUAGAAAUUCAGAAAGAGGUAGUGCUCUUGCCCUCACGCAGUUAGUAAACCACACUAUCUCCCCACAGACAGAAGAGAUAAUCCCCUAUCAAUAAAUAUAGAGAAACUGCAGAAAAAUUAAUUGGGAGGAAAAUAUGGAGGACAGUGUUCCAGACUGCAUUUAGUUUUUAAUUUGGGGUUCUAUUACAAUGCAAGGGUCUGCUACAAGAAAUCACACAAAACCUCGCAUUUAAAAUCCGCUUUUGAAUUUUUCAGCUUUUACGUGUUUAGCAAACUUGUAUAACUAUUCAAAACUCACCUGCUUGGUCUGUUUUGUUUUUUAAAAAAAAAUCAAAAAAAAAAAAUCACGAGUUCACAUCUGAGAAAUGGGUGGUUUGCAUGGUAUAUAAUCUAAUGGGAACCAGGUAUUUCUGAUAAAGUUUCAAAAAGGAAUAAAAGCAGUAUUAGACGUCCUGCAGGAUCCAUAAUCGCUAAAUCAACUGCUCUUUUUGAGAACACCUUGGAGCUCUGACUUAAGCCUGGACAUGAGCAUCGACGAAAACGAUUCCUUGGCAUCCGGUGAUUAUAAUUAUGAUUAUAAUGACACGUCGUGCAACAAGACCGAACUGAUGCUGUUUGGAUCAGUGGUCACCCCAAUCUUUUUUGCGAUGGUCACGAUGCUCAGCUGUGUGGGCAAUGCAUUGGUCAUAUGGGUGUUGAUUAAAUAUGAAAGUCUGAAAUCCCUGACCAAUGCAUUCCUUUUGAACCUGGCCAUCUCUGACCUGAUCUUUACCUUCGGUCUGCCCUUCUGGGCCUCUGACCUCAUCUUUGGCUGGAUAUUUGGAAUAGCUGUCUGCAAGUCAGUGAGCUUCAUCUUCUACCUGGGCUACUACAGCAGCCUCAUCUUUCUCGUAGUUAUGACCGUGCAUCGCUACAUGGCCGUUGUGCACCCACUGUCUAUGUUAUGGAACAGAUUCGCAUACUAUUCAGUCGGGAUUUCUGCAUUUAUCUGGAUCCUGAGCUUCUGUGUUGCGACCCCUCAUUUCAUCUUCACUGAGGUCCUGACCGAUCCUGACAGGGUCCGGGCUUACUGCGAUUAUAAUGAAAUCAUUUGGAAGCAGGUUGGCGUUUACAUUCAAAACAUCUUCUUUCUCAUUGCCUUCUUCACCAUUGCUUUCUGCUACAUUCGAAUUCUUGGGCGCCUGCUCAGACCCAUGUCACACACCCGUCCCAAAACCGUGAAGCUGAUCCUCUGCAUUGUGGUGACUUUUUACUUGGGUUGGGCGCCAUACAAUGUGUCCAUGUUUCUCAGUUCUCUGAUAUCAUUUGAAAUCUCGCCAUUGAACGAGUGUCACGUCAGCACCAUGGUGGAUUACGUUUUUCAGGUUUCCCGACUGGUGGCGUUCUCUCACUGCUGCCUAAAUCCAGUGUUUUAUGUCUUUAUGGGGGUCAAGUUCAGAGAUCACCUAAAGAAUGCACUGAAGAAUCUCUGCAAGAAAGACGAUAAACCUUAUGACAGACGCCACAGCCAUCUGAUUUAUUCAAAUGGGGAGGAAAUUACCACAUACUAGCCGAUCUUGCAGGAGUUCCUUUAUAGUAGGAAAGCAGCUAAAAGUGCCCGCGAGCUUUCACGUUUCCUCAGAUAUUUUGCAUUUUGAUUUAUCUUAUUCUGCAUCUGUUCAGUGAAAUAUUUUUAAUACAAGGACCUUUUCGCAAUCAUUACCUUAAGGAUUGAAAUCAAACCUUUCCAUGUAAUAUAUAUUUGUUUCAAUACCAAUUUGUUUGGAUACUUAAUUGUUCUGAUAUCAUGUACUAUAAAAAAAAAUGA